AAAUGUGGUCAGGGCAUAGCAAAUUGUGAGAAUAGGUCGUGGCACGGAAGUCGGUUUGUCUCGUCGGUAGCGGCGAUUGAGAUAACUUUACCCCUCCUUUAGGCAUUUCAUAUACGCUCGUUUCCACUCACACUCGAUUUAACAUUCCAAGGUUCGAAUCUGCUACAUCUCUUCGACACGACACUUGUUCCUCGGUAAGUGUGGUCGCCUGCUGCAGGUAUCUUAUAUUGUGUUUCGCGAGAACCACACCAGAUAAAACGUCAUCAUGUACGCCUGCAGUCGAUUCAUCGCGCCUGUCGCUAAAUCCACUCUGAUUUCUAGUACCAAGACCUAUCUGCAGCCACUAAGCAGUGCUGUUAUCAAUCACAGUCAGUACUUGCAGCAGAAUCAAAUUCAAACUCCUGUCAGUUUGUUACCUAUUGUACGUAGCUUCCAAACUUCUACAGUCAGUCGUGACAUCGAUUCUGCUGCAAAAUUUAUUGGUGCUGGUGCUGCUACUGUGGGAGUAGCAGGGUCUGGUGCUGGAAUUGGAUCUGUAUUUGGGUCACUGAUCAUUGGCUAUGCCAGGAAUCCUUCCUUGAAGCAACAACUGUUCUCAUACGCUAUCUUGGGCUUCGCUUUAUCUGAAGCCAUGGGUCUAUUUUGUCUUAUGAUGGCUUUUCUGCUCCUAUUCGCCUUUUAAGCCAUGAUAUCUGCACAAGAUAUUGCUGAUAUAGUUUUAGUGCGUCACUGCCAAGGCAGUAUCGUCUAGCUCUAUGAUAAAGGCGAUAAUUGUCUCUGGUUGCGCGGGAUGCCAUGAAAUCAUUAGAGAAGCUCAGAUUUUUCAUGAUUCGGUAGAGUGCAAUGGUGCGAAAAUGAAUAAGAAAUAACACAUCGUUGUACGAACCUCCGUAAUUUCAUCCAAGUCUUCAGCUUAUUUAUAAUAAUUUCAUGGCCUAUUGUCUCAUGUAGCGUAUAACUCACAUUGUUAUGAAAUGAAUUUCAGUAUAACGAAUGAAUAUGACAUUGAAAGUUAAAAUUUCAAAAAAGAGCGACAAUCUCACCCGCAUACCCAUAUACGCACGUACGUACUGUGUGAGAGUGUCCUAUGUGACAGUACAUUUUUCGACUAUCUUUUUGUCAUCCAAAGAAUUCAUCAUUGUUAUGCCGCCGUAUACGCACGUUAUUGAAAUUGUUCUUGACGAGAGAAAAAAAGAAAAAACUGUACAGUAAUACCGAAUAAACAUCUUUGUCGUGAAAAAAA